UCCAGUAGAGACCCGCCCACAGACCGUGGAGCGCCCCGCCCGCCGCCCGCCCCCGCCAUCCGAGCCCGGCUCUGCCGCCUGGGAAUCUCCAGACUGUGGCAAUCUCCAGGACCUGAGGUUUCCGGAGCUCUUUGGGGUCGCUUCGCCCGGAGGAUUUUGCCUACCGAUGCUGAGGUUCCCGCGGUUGUGCCUUGUCCCUGGCUAGCUCCGUUGACCUAAACAGGCUCUUUGCCCGGCUGCCCUCCUGCCUCUAGACACCUGGCUUUCACAGCAGGCCUCUUUGGAGCCCUCAGCAGGUAUCUGCCGCUUCCAGCAUGAGGGUCUUCUUGCCUGUACUGCUGGCAGCCCUUUUGGGUGUGGAGCAAGCCCAUUCCUUAAUGUGCUUCUCCUGCACCGAUCAGAAGAGCAAUUUGAAAUGCCUGUGGCCAACUGUAUGCCCGAGCUCUGACAAUUACUGUGUCACAAUAUCCGCUGCCGCCGGCUUUGGGAAUGUCAACCUUGGCUACACCCUGAAUAAGGGCUGUUCCGAAAUCUGCCCUCGUGAGAAUAUCAAUGUCAACUUAGGAGUAGCAUCCGUGAAUAGCUACUGCUGCCAAAGCUCCUUCUGUAACAUCAGUACCGCCGGCCUUGGUCUUCGCGCCAGUAUCCCCAUGCUGGGCCUUGGACUCCUGCUCAGCUUGCUGGCUUUGCUGCAACUGGAGCCCUGACCACGCCCGUGUGUUCCCCAUCUUCCCCCCAGCUCAGGAAGAAAAGCAGCCCCUUUUAGAUCCCAGGGGACUCUAGGAGCCUUCAGCUCCUCCUGGGUGUGUCUGGUCCCCCUCUACACUCUCUCGGCAUCAGGGAUGAGCAACAAAUGGACCCACAUCUGCUCUGUUGAAAUGGGACUGGCUACCCUUGUGUCCAGAGCCAAUCCUGUGACUUCCUUUGGGGAACCAGGAAAGGGGUGAAAAUCUUCUUUGGAGUCUCAGAGUCAGGCCUGAAUCCUGGGGACACGCUGACAAGGAUGUCUAAGCAAAUGAACGUACACCUGUGGACUCGGUGUGUCUGUGUGUGAAUGAAGUCACCUGGAGUCUGGGAUGGGCAAAGGGGACCUGGGAGAUUCUAGAGCGGAAGGCCAUUGUCUCCACCAAAACUCCUUCCCCCUGGCAUUACUGUACCCAGGUUGUACCCAUUGCAGGAGGCUGCUCGUGGAGGAUUGCCACUCCCAAUGAAGGUUCCCACCCCUAGACCCAGCUGAGUCCCUGCCUGCCCUCUCUGCCCACACUGGCUUCCUGCUGCUAUUCUAGUGCCUCAAAUAAACUGUUCCCACCCA